GCCCUGUCAGGGAGAGGCUUGCUCCCAGUGGCUGUGGGGACAAUGGUGCUAGCUAUCUCCUGCAACAUGAAGCUGCUGUUGCUGUGUCUGGGGCUGAUUCUAGUCCAUGCCCACGAGGAAGAAAACGAUGUUGUGAAAGGAAACUUCGAUAUUUCAAAGAUUUCGGGAGAUUGGUAUUCCAUUCUCUUGGCCUCAGAUAUCAAGGAAAAGAUAGAAGAAAAUGGCAGCAUGAGGGUUUUUGUGAAAGACAUUGAAGUCCUGAGCAACUCUUCUCUGAUCUUUACAAUGCAUACAAAAGUGAAUGGGAAGUGUACUAAAAUUUCUCUGAUUUGUAACAAAACAGAAAAGGAUGGUGAAUAUGAUGUUGUGCAUGAUGGAUACAAUUUAUUUAGAAUAAUUGAAACAGCCUAUGAGGACUAUAUUAUAUUUCAUCUUAAUAAUGUCAACCAGGAACAGGAAUUCCAACUGAUGGAGCUCUAUGGCCGAAAACCAGAUGUGAGUCCAAAAGUCAAGGAAAAGUUUGUGAGAUAUUGCCAAGGAAUGGAAAUUCCUAAGGAAAACAUACUUGACCUGACCCAAGUUGAUCGCUGUCUCCAGGCCCGACAGAGCGAAGCAGCCCAGGUCUCCAGUGCUGAGUGAAUGCUUCCUCGUUUGGGCUCCAGGAUCUUCCCUUCCAUGGCCCCACGCCAUCCAGUAACAGUUCCUACCUGACUUCCAUCAUUAUCACUUAUGAAAACAUUAUCUCUGUCUGCAUCUUCAGGAUCUUUCCUAAUUGUCUAGGAAAACUCAUCAACCAACCAAGAAUGAAAGAUUUUCUACAAAUUUUUGAUUCUCCUUGUCAUAACACAGGAGAACCCCACCAUGAAUAAGAUUUUCCUCUACCUGGUCAAUAAAUGAUUAGCCCUGCA